AUGAUAAAAAUAUUUAAAGAUGAUGAUCAAUGGAAAUGUUCUGGUGGUCAGGGGGAUGGAAGUGGUGCACAUGAGGACAAUGUUGGUAAAAAUCAUGUUGAAGGUAAAGGUGAUGUUAAUGAUCAUGUAUAUGAGGAUGAUAUUGGUAAAAAUAAUGAUUUGUUGAAUGAGAAAGAUGAUGAAGAUGAUGAACAAGGAAAUGGAACCACGAAGGUUAAGAGUGUGGGUCUAAUUGAUAGCCACGAAGGUGUAUCUUUUAGUCAAUUCAUUUGUGAUCCAGUUGUUGAAAGUUUUCUUAAAACUUUGGAUCAAGGGACUGUAAAUUUUGGUGAGGAUGAUAAAGUUAUUGUAGAAAAGAAGGAUGGAGAAGUUGAAGAUGUUGAAGUUGAUUUGGAUUUAGGGAAAUCAAUAGAUGAUUUUUCAAAUAAAAAUAAAGAUGGAGAUGGUUUAGAAAUUAUACAAUUGAAUGAUUCAAAGGAGACUCAGUCACUGAAAAAGGACAAAGUGGAAGGGAAAGUUGAGAAGUUUUUUGUUCCAGUUUUAGUCUUGGAUUUAGUCAAGAUUCUGAAGGAUAUUGUCUUGCUUAUGGAAACAAAUGUUAUGGGUUUUAGAGCUAAUUAUGAAAGUCUUUAUAAAAAAACCUAUUUGCAUUUAAGUGUUCUUGAUUCAUGGUCUCAUAUACUAAAUCAUGAAGAGAAAUUCAUAGAUGUUGUUAAUUUUCCACUCAGAUUGUUCAUGAAUGUUGACACUGUAUUUGUCCUUGUUUUGAGGCAAAAGCACAUAUAUUUUAUUGUUAUCAAUCUGAGGAAACGUGCUUUUGAGGUUAUUGAUAAUGGUGCAGAUGAUGCUGAUUUUGAUUAUAAGUAUGGUGUAGUUUUUAAACCUCUUAAAAAGUUUUUUUUGAGGUAUAUAAAAGAGAUCAAUCAUGUUACAGCAAAUGAGAUGGCUGAUAAAAAUCUUAAACCAAGUUAUUUUGGAGAAAAAGUUUCUAAAUGGAAAUGUGGUCUUCCAAAAGAAUGUGGUUCUCAAGAAAAAAUUCUGGAAAAGUUGAGAAUGAAAUAUGCAGCAGCAAUUUUAACUUCUGAGAUGAAUACAAAGCGUGAUGAUGUGCUGAAAGCAACAUAUGAGUAUCAAAAAGUUGAUGAAAAGAUACGUGGUAAGCAUGCAUAUGAUGCUCAAUGGAAUAUUGAAAGAAGGCUGUCAAAUUUCUUUUGA